AUGGGCAUAUGGACUCAUCCCAUGGAAAAAAUAAACAAUGUAUCUGAGUUUAUCUUCUGGGGCCUUUCUCAGAACCCAGAAGUGGAGGAAGUCUGUUUUGUGGUGUUCUCCUUCUUCUACACAGUUUUUCUUCUGAGAAACCUUCUCAUCAUGCUGACAGUUUGCAUGGGCAACCUCUUCAACUCUCCCAUGUAUUUCUUUCUCAACUUCUUGUCUUUUGUAGACAUUUGUUAUUCUUCGGUCACAGCACCCAAGAUGAUUGCUGACCUGUUAGCAAAGAACAAAACUAUAUCUUAUGCAGGGUGCAUGCUGCUACUCUUUGGGGUGCAUUUCUUUGGUUGCCCUGAGAUCUUCAUCCUUACUGUAAUGGCCUAUGAUCAUUAUGUGGCCAUCUGUAAACCCCUGCACUUCAUGACUAUCAUGGACCGGGAGAGAUGCAAUAAAAUGUUGCUGGGGACCUGGGUAGGUGGGUUCAUACACUCCGUUAUCCAAGUGGCUCUGGUAGUCCAAUUACCCUUCUGUGAACCCAAUGAGAUUGAUCACUACUUCUGUGAUGUCCACCCUGUGCUGAAGCUUGCCUGCACAGACACCUAUGUUGUUGGUGUUGUUGUGACAGCCAACAAUGGUACCAUUACUCUGGGAAGCUUUGUGAUCUUGCUCAUCUCCCACAGUGUCAUUCUGGUGUCUCUGAGAAAGCAGUCGGCAGAAGGAAGACGCGAAGCUCUGUCCACCUGUGGCUCCCACAUUGCGGUGAUCAUCUUAUUUUUCGGUCCCUAUACUUUCAUGUACAUGAGGCCUGGCACUACCUUCUCAGAGGAUAAGAUGGUGGCUGUAUUUUACGCCAUUAUCCCUCCAAUGUUGAAUCCUCUAAUUUACACACUGAGAAAUUCAGAAGUAAAUAUUGCUAUGAAGAAACCGUGGGACAACAUGCUUUUUGGACCAGUGGCAAAUAGUUGGGAGUAA